AUGAAGCAUUUCUCGACUCUCGCAGCUUUCGCUGCCGGAGCAAAUGGUCUCGUUAGCCGCGCAGACUCGUGCUGCUUUCACCUGACUGCUUCCGGCGCCGCAUCUGGCACUGUGGGCCAGCUUGGUGAUGGUCAGAACCGCCUCGGUGGUGGUCUACCUGCAAGCUCGUUCUGUAUCGAUUCGAACGGUGCCAUCACCGAUAGCAGUGGACGUGGAUGUAUCGUGACAAGCUCUGUCACCCAGUUCCAGUGUGAUUUGGGGUCCAAACCUCAGUCUGGCUUCUCUAUCUCGUCCGGUGGUCAGCUGCAAUACCAGGGCAGCUCUAAUUUUGUUGCAUGCCAAACGGGUGACAAUGGCGAGUUGAACAUUUAUACCACCCAGAGCUCCGCGGUGACUGGAUGCUCAAGCAUCACAUUAGCCGCCGAUUCUUGCUCAGGCUCUGGUUCUGGCACUGGCACUGGUGGUGGUACUGGUGCUGGCGCUAGUGCUGGCGCGUCUGGCUCAGUCCCGGCAGUUUCCUCAGUCCAGGUGCCCCAGCCCGGCGCACCUGGCUCAGUUCUUCCCGGUCAAUCUUCUUACAUCCCCGGCGGUCCUGUCUCAAGUGCUCCCGUGCCAGGUUCGGUUCCGGGUCAAUCUUCCAAUGUCCCCGGCGGUCCUAUCUCCAGCGCACCUGUGCCCGGCGCUGGUUGUGCCUCAGCUCAGACAGUCACCAUCACGACCACCGUGAUUCAAGCCAAUUGCGGCACAGGGACACCUGGUGUUCCGGUACCUCUUCCGAUGCCUGGAUCUAGCAGUCCAGGUGUUCCUCAAGGCACCCAACCUGCCGGAACUCAACCUGCUGGUACUCAACCCGGUCAACCAGGUGUAACUCAACCCGCCGGUACUCAGCCCGCUGAAACGCAGCCCGCAGGAACCCAACCAGCUGGAACACAGCCUGGUCAGCCAGGUGGCAUUCCGCCUGUCGGAACGCAGCCCGUCGGUACUCAGCCUGCUGGAACGCAGCCCGCAGGCACUCAACCUGCAGGCACUCAGCCUGGUCAGCCAGGUGGCAUUCCGCCUGUCGGAACGCAGUCCGUUGGUACUCAGCCCGCUGGAACGCAACCCGCUGGAACGCAACCCGCUGGAACGCAACCCGCUGGAACGCAACCCGCUGGAACGCAACCUGCUGGUACUCAACCGGCUGGCACUCAACCGGCUGGCACUCAACCGGUUGGAACGCAGCCCACAGGAACUCAACCGGCUGGCACUCAACCCGCUGGAACGCAGCCCGCAGGAACUCAACCAGCUGAUACUCAGCCCGCUGGCACACAGCCCGCCGGCACACAACCCGCAGGGACUCAACCUGCAGGGACUCAACCUGGUCAGCCAGGUGGCAUUCCGCCUGUCGGAACGCAGUCCGUUGGUACUCAGCCCGCUGGAACGCAACCCGCUGGUACUCAACCGGCUGGCACUCAACCCGCUGGAACGCAGCCCGCAGGAACUCAACCGGCUGGCACUCAGUCCGCCGGCACCCAGCCUGCAGGCACUCAACCCGCUGGAACGCAGCCCGGUGGCACAAGGCCUGCUGGAACCCAACCCCCUGCUACUGCUACUACACCUGCAGGUACACUUCCCGCAGGUACGCAACCCGGUGGUAACCAGCCUGCCGGCACCCAGCCCGCCGGUACUCAACCUGCCGGAACUCAACCUGCCGGAACUCAGCCUGCUGGCACCCAACCUGGUCAGCCAGGCGUAACCCAACCUGCGGGAACUCAACCUGCUCCCUCGGGUACUCCAUCCGCUUCCAAGGGAACUGGAGCCGCCAGCAGCACUCAGCCAGCAGCCUCUGCUACUCGGUCAGGCGCAGCCAGCUGUCCAACUGACUUGUCGGGCGAUUAUGAGUACCCUCAUCUGAUUGUUCCUGUUAACUCUACCACCCCCGAUACCGCCUACGGCUCCCAGCUCUUCGGUACUGUUUCGUCCACCGUCUCGACCAUUUAUAACUUUGAUAUUCCGUCCUCCGACUCUGGCAAAACUUGUAGCCUUGUCUUCCUGUUCCCGAAUAAGGAAGACCUCGAGACCUCUGACUACACCUUCAGCGGUGAUGGCAAGGUUGACUUCACACAGCUGUCCUCUGCUGCUAACCUGAAGACCACCUACAACAACGCUCCGUCGGUCAAACAGGACUAUGGCGAGUUCACCCUUUCACCGGGCAACUCCUACCUGGUUGCCUCUUUCUCGUGCCCAGCUGGCCAAGCCGUGGCGUACGAAAUGAAGGCAACUGGUAAUACCUACCUCAACUUUUUCGAGGACUACAAUCCAUCUCCGUGA